CUCCUCAGGUGAGGCAGCCAGGCCUAGCAGGCCCCACGCCGCUGCCUCUGCCUCGGGGCCACCGCUGCUGCGGGGCCACCAUGCUCCUGUCCAGGCCUGGAGACUGACCCGAAGAGGGCACUAUCUCUCAGCUCCGCCCCCACCUGCCGGACCCCAGGGUCCCACCCCGGCCCAGGAGGUCAGCCGGGGAAUCAUUAACAAGAGGCCGUGACAUGGCGGAGAAGGAGGGUGGCCGGACUGUGCCAUGCUGUUCCGGACCCAAGGUGGCAGCUCUUACGGCGGGGACCCUGCUGCUCCUGACAGGCAUCGGGGCAGCGUCCUGGGCCAUUGCCCGCCNUCUACUCAAGAGUGACCAGGAGCCGCUGUAUCCGGUACAGGUCAGCCCGGCCGACGCCCGGCUCAUGGUGUUCGACGACACGGAGGGCACGUGGCGGCUGCUGUGCUCCUCGCGCUCCAACGCCAGGGUGGCGGGCCUGGGCUGCGAGGAGAUGGGCUUCCUCAGGGCCCUGGGCCACUCGGAGCUGGACGUGCGGACAGCGGGCGCCAACGGCACGUCGGGCUUCUUCUGCGUGGAUGAGGGGAGGCUGCCGCUGGCCCGGAGGCUGCUUGAGGUCAUCUCCGUGUGUGACUGUCCCAGGGGCCGUUUCCUGGCUACUGUCUGCCAAGAUUGUGGCCGUAGGAAGCUACCUGUGGAUCGCAUCGUGGGAGGCCAAGACACCAGCCUGGGCAGGUGGCCAUGGCAAGUCAGUCUUCGUUACGAUGGAGCACACCUCUGUGGAGGGUCCCUGCUCUCCGGAGACUGGGUGCUAACAGCAGCCCACUGCUUCCCUGAGCGGAACCGGGUCCUGUCUCGAUGGCGAGUGUUUGCUGGCGCUGUGGCCCAGGUCUCACCCCAUGGCCUGCAGCUGGGGGUGCAGGCAGUAGUCUACCACGGGGGCUAUCUCCCCUUUCGAGACCCCAACAGUGAGGAAAACAGCAAUGAUAUCGCCCUGGUCCACCUGUCCAGCGCCCUGCCCCUCACCGAAUACAUCCAGCCCGUGUGCCUCCCGGCCGCCGGCCAGGCCCUGGUGGAUGGCAAGAUCUGUACCGUAACUGGCUGGGGCAACACACAGUACUACGGCCAACAGGCUGGGGUACUCCAGGAGGCCCGAGUCCCCAUAAUCAGCAAUGAGGUCUGCAACGGCCCCGACUUCUACGCGAACCAGAUCAAGCCCAAGAUGUUCUGUGCCGGCUACCCUGAGGGCGGCAUCGAUGCCUGCCAGGGUGACAGCGGUGGCCCCUUCGUGUGUGAGGACAGCAUCUCUCGGACGCCUCGUUGGCGGCUGUGUGGCAUCGUGAGCUGGGGCACUGGCUGUGCCCUGGCCCAGAAGCCAGGUGUCUACACCAAAGUCAGUGACUUCCGAGAGUGGAUCUUCCAGGCCAUAAAGACUCACUCCGAAGCCAGCGGCAUGGUGACCCAGCUCUGACCUGUGGCUUCUCCUUGAUGCGCACGCCUCCAGGGCCCAAGUUCACCCAGGUGGCUCCAGCCCCACCUGCUGGGGUUCACCCUGGGCCCGGAAUGGGACACUUUUCUUCUUGGGCUGAGCCCACAGGUCCAAGGAUACCCUUCCUCCAGGCUCCUCUCUUCCACAGUGGCGGGCCCACUCAGCCCUGGGACCACCCGAGCCUCACCCUCCUGACCCCCAUGUAAAUAUUGUUCUGCCAUCUGGGGACCCCCAUCUAGGUGCCCGUAAUGACAGGAUGCUCUUUAAAUAAUAAAGAUGGUUUU